CGUCUCAUUAGAGCUCUGAUCGGACCGGUGAGGAGGAGGGAGGAGGGGGGAACCGGAGGAGGGGGUGGGGUGGCGUUACAGUGGCAUUGUUGACAAGUCCUCAGGAGAACCACUGACCCUCGCCAAGGCCAAGAGGGAGGGAGUCCGAAUGCAGAAACUUCCAUUGGAUAGGUAUUUGGCAUGGGGGAUUGGCAAUAAGUGCCUUACACUCAACCAGAUCAUUAAUAUCAUGUUGGACUUUAAGAUGACAGGUGACUGGCCUCAUGCCUUCCGCCAUGUGCCUCGCAGAAAGCUCCAGUUACCUCCUUGGAACCACCAAAUAAAGGAAGAAGCGUUACUAAAAAAGAUACAACGGAGACAGAGAAGUUCAAGAAACCACUAGUGGUCAUCAAAAGUGGUGAUAGUCAAUCUGGUUCCUUACUGCAUCCCAAAGUGCAUAAAUUGUUUUGAAGGUGGGAAUGGAGAGGCCACCUAAAUUCCACAUCUAGUCUUUUGCUUCACUGCUUCUGUCUAACAUCUAACAAGGUAUCAAUACUGUUUGACAUUCAUCAGGUUCAAAAAUUCUUCUGUAUGUACAAUUAGUUAUAUAGAAAAGAUUAUUAUCUUAACAGUCUGAUGUUAUAUGUCACUAUAUCUUCAAAUUUAGUCAGGAACUGAAGUCAAGAGCUAAUCUGAGUUUUAAUUUGACCUUAUGUUGUAACGUUGUUUUAACUCAUCCCUUCAGUGCAGCAUCCUUGAAAAGAACAGCAGUUUGGUAGUGACUAAAAACAAACUCUCAAAAUCUUAUUAAUAUGCUUUUCUUUGAUAGUUAAUUGUCCACUCAUCACAUUCAAGUUUUACCUUUAAAUUCUAGAUUUUUUUGUUUUGUAUUUCAUUACAGUCAUUACCCGUUUUAUCAACUCACUGCAUUAUUUGCAUAGGGUUUCAAGAUUUGUAUAUUUAUAUCUAGUAUGGUAUUUGUUAUAUAUGCUCAAGGUGUGAAUCAACCUCAUCCAACCGGAACACUCAACUUUCUCUUCAACCUCAACAACUGGUGACCCCUGGACAAGAAACUACUCUUCAGCAAUGGAAGAAGAUACCAAUGCAAUGCAAUGCAAUGCAAUGCAAAACCAACUGUUUCCACCGUCACAGUGAAGCUGUCACCCUUCUGCGCCAGUGAGGCUGCAUCAUGGUUUCGGCGAGCAGAAGUUCAGUUCCGACUGAGGAAAGUUACAAGCCCUCAAACCAAGGCCGACUAUGUACUGGAAGCCAUCCCUGAGACAAUUUUUCCUCACAUCACAGCAUGGCUGGACAACCAGGACAACGAUGUCAUCUACGACGACCUCAAGCAGUAUCUCCUUCAAAGAGUUCACGAUCUCCGUCAGCGCCUGGCUCCGACAUCUUCUAAAUCUUCGUCUAACACCUCUGGGAGACACCACAGCACAUGCAGCUUGGAAUGAGAUGCAAGCUCUAGCUACACUACUUGAACAUGACUCUACUACUGGCAAACCACAGCGGGUAGACUUGCUGUGGGAGCUGUGGCUGCAACGUCUUCCCUCAUCUGUGAGAGCUGCCCUACACGAAGCUGAUGACUGCCCCAUGGAAGAGCUCAUAAAUAAGGUGGACAAUCUUAUCAAUACCGCAAAAGCGUCCUGUGCCCCCGACACUAUCUGCCCUGCCUUAGUUGACAACCUGCCCAACACCAAUGCUGCCAGGCCACCUGUUUGCAAGUGGCUGCCCGACAACCAGACGUGCAACUGCAAACCAGGAGUUUCCAGCCAACAUGGACAGCAUGGACUGUGCUACUACCAUCACAAAUUCGGAGCUAGAGCUUGCAAAUGCACCCCAGGUUGCCAGUGGCCAAAAAACUGUUAAUGAGGCCA